AUGGAAUCAGGAUCAAAUAGUCUUUCUUCAUUGGUUCCACUUGUAUUUGAUGGUGAAAACUACCAGGCAUGGGCUAUCAGAAUGCAAGCCUACAUGGAGGAUUGUGAUUAUUGGGAAGUAAUUGAGCAAGACUAUGAGAUUGCUCCACUUCCUGAUAACCCAACAAUAUAUCAGAUCAAAACUCACAAGGAGAGAGUCACCAGGAAGGAAAAAGCUCGAGUUUGCCUAUAUGUAGCUGUGUCUCCCGCCAUAUUCAAUAGAAUUAUGGCCUUGAAGUCGAAAAAGGAGAUCUGGGAGUUCCUCAAAAGUGAGUAUGAAGGUGAUGAGAGGAUUAAAGGCAUGAAAGUGUUGAACUUGGUGCGAGAAUUCGAGAGAAUGCAAAUGAAGGAUUAUAAGUCCAUUAAAGAGUACUCAGAUAAGUUGAUUGGGAUUGCUAACAAGGCAAGAGCAUUAGGAAUCGAUUUAUCUGACAAUAGAUUGGUGAUAGAAGUGGUUAGUGCUUUGCAAGCACAAGAGCAAACGAGGUUGAUAAGACAAGAAGGAAGCAUUGAGGGGGCAUUGAAAGCUAGAGUGCCGCAGGGAGAAGGUAGAAGAGAGAAGAAGGGAAGUGGCAGUAGUAGCUCAGAGUCUGCUAUAAAGGAUGCUGGUAGUACAUGCAAGCAUUGUGGGAAGCAGAAUCAUCCACAUUUCAGAUGUUGGAGAAGGCCAAAUGUAAAGUGUAGAAGCUGUCAUUUAUUGGGGCACAUUGAACGAUUAUUCACUCAAUGUGAUGGUUGGUUGGUUGAUAGUGGGUGUACCAAUCACAUGACAAAUGACAAAGAGUUGUUCAAGGACAUUGACAAGUCAUUCAAGCCAAGAGUGAAGAUAGGAAAUGGUGAGUAUCUAGAAGUAAAGGGGAAGACCACAGUGUCAAUAGAGAGCUGUGCUGGAAUCAAGUUGAUUACUAAAGUGUUGUUUGUCCCUGAAAUUGAUCAAAACUUGUUAAGCGUUGGUCAAUUAGUAGAGAAGGGAUUCAAAGUUUUGUUUGAAGAAGAAAAGUGCCUCAUUUCUGAUUCAAAUGGGAAUGAGUUGUUCAAAAUAAAGAUGCAGCACAAGAUUUUCUCGUUGGAUUCACUCGAGAAGGAGUAG